AUGUGCUGCAAGAAUGGCACGACACAAUCCUUCAAAGCAGUGCAGCGCGAAUACGACUGCUUGCGACAGAUCAAGAUAUCGAAAAGUGCAACCUCUAUUCCAGCGCGGACGCUAUUCGGGUUGGUUGUUGAUGAUGAUGGGGUCAUUCUUGGGAUUCUAGAGGAAUUGAUUACGAACGAAGGAAGGUUGAGUGAUUUGUGGGCGAAACAGAUUCGAAAAGCUAUUGCACUCUUGCACGAGAUUGACGUGGUAUGGGGGAAUGGGAGUGAUGAUUGUUUUUUGGUUGAUUUUGGAGGCAGCUAUACGGAUGGGUGGGUGCAUAGGACCUUGAUGGAAACUCGUUCUGGAGAUGAUCAGGCUGUGGAGAAGAUUGCUAAGUUCUUGGAUGAUGGAGUCCGGCAUUGA